UUUAUCGGCGUUGAAACGGGAAUGUUCACAGAUAAGUUAGGGACGUCUAUGUAUAUGUAUUAAUAUAACAGAGAAAAAUGGUCAAUACUAAAACAAUGGUUGUGCUACAAGUUGUUAUUUCUUUCAUAUAUUACGGAGUGGUCACAGGAACAAAUUGCAAAGAUGGCUGGAUGGCAUAUCACAAUUCAUGUUACUUGUUUGCACGAAACCACGCGUCGACCUUCACUGAGGCCGAGCAUUACUGUCGGCAACACGGAGGUAAUCUCGUUACCAUAGAGACAAAAGCUGAAAAUCUUUUUAUCAGAGACUAUCUACGCGGUCUGAAAGACGAGCACCACUGGUUAGGUCUAACUGACGAGAUGGUAGAAGGAAUUUGGAAAUGGUAUUCCACAAACACAGAUGCGACAUACACAGACUGGAAUCCGGGCGAACCAAACUCGGCCGGAGGCGAAGAAGACUGUGCGAUUCUCGCCUACAAUCAGGACUACAGAUGGCUUGAUGUAUCAUGCAUCAGUUCAUGGGAACCGAUAUGCGAGAUUGAGUCUGGGGAAGUGGAUAUAGUUGGUUAGAGUGAAUCAAUUAGUUUCAACUUUUUUAACACUGUAAAAGUAAUAAAUGUUUGAUAGCAUUA